AUGUCCAACUCGGUGGCCUCCUAUGACCAGCUGGUGCGGCAGGUGGAGGAUCUCCGCAAGGAGAACUCGCACCUGCGCCGCGAGCUGGAGGACAACUCACACCAUUUAUCCAAACUGGAAAAUGAGACCUCUGAUAUGAAGGAGGUUCUAAAGCAUCUGCAAGGCAAACUGGAGCAGGAAGCCUGCACUCUCGCCUCGUCGGGGAGAGCGGAUGUGCUUGACCAGCUGAAAGAGCUGCAUAUGGACUUGACCAAUUAUUAUGAGCUCAAAUACCAGCCACACAACCUGCGUGCAUUCCCAGAGACCAUGGCCAACCAAACGAAUGACGGGGAGGACAGAAUGCAACUCCCAUCAUCCAGCAUGAGCAGAUCGAGGAGCUCCAUCUGCUCAUCAUCUCACCAGUGCUCCUCCGUGUCUGGUGAGGGUACGGCCGUGCACCCUACACACCUCCACCCAGCUGUGACAGGAGAGGGCCGUGCCACUGCCCAGCAUCUAGAGGAACUCCGUAAAGAGAGGACUACACUGCUGAAUGAAAUUGAGAAAGAGGAGAAGGAGCGCCGCUGGUAUUAUUCUCAGCUGCAGGGGCUUUCACAGAGACUGGCAGAGCUGCCUCGAAUUGACACAUUCUCCAUACAAAUGGACCUUAUUCGCCAGCAGUUAGAAUUUGAGGUCCAGCAACUGCGCUCAGUCAUGGAGGAACGUUUUGGGACCAGUGAUGAAAUGGUUCAGAGAACACAGAUCCGUAUGACCCGUCUAGAGCAGCUGGAUAAGGAGCUACAGGAGGCACAAGGCGUGCGCUGUCCCCAGGAGAAGAAUGGCCAAUCAGAGAAUCAAAAUGUUGACAGCCUUUCCAAAGCAUCAGCGCCUGAAAUAGAAACUGGAGCAAGCACUAGCACUAUGGAGGCACCUGGAGAAGCCGGGAACAAAGUGGAGAUGAUGUUCUGGCUGUUGUCUAUGCUAGCCUCUAGAGAUCGAGAGGAGAUGUCCCGUGUCUUGCUAGCCAUGUCCAGCUCACAGGAAAGCUGCAUUGCUAUGCGCAAGUCUGGCUGUGUCCCAUUGCUUGUGCAAAUACUGCAUGAUGUAAGUACUGGAAAGACUCCCGAUGCCACAGGCUGCAGCCGAGAGGCUCGAUCCCGGGCUAGUGCUGCUCUACACAACAUUGUGUACUCACAACCUGAUGAGGGCCAAGCACGGCGUGAGAUGAGGGUACUGCAUGUGCUGGAGCAGAUACGCUCACACUGUGAGAAUGGCUGGGAUUGGAUUGAGAACCAUGUAGGAACCCCAUCACCUACUGGUACAAAGACCACAGAUAUCCCAGAGCCCCUAGAUCCCCAGAUUUGCCAGGCAAUUUGUGCCAUAAUGAAACUUUCCUUUGAGGAGGACUAUCGAAGGGCCAUGAAUGAACUUGGUGGACUCCAGGCGAUUGCAGAGCUUAUACAAUUAGAACAGGAACUAUAUGGUAUGCAAAAUGAGCCUAUGAAUAUGGCACUGCGAAGAUACGCUGGGAUGGCGCUCACUAACCUUACAUAUGGAGAUGUUGUAAAUAAGGCCACACUUUGCUCUAAGAAAAGCUGUCUUCAAGCCAUUGUUGCUCAACUGGCAUCUGAUAGUGAGGAGUUACAUCAGGUGGUGUCAAGUAUUCUUAGGAACCUUUCAUGGCGUGCUGACAUCACCAGUAAGAGAGCCCUUCGUGAUGUUGGCAGUGUAUCAGCACUAAUGACCUGUGCACUUCAGGCUACAAAGGAAUCCACCCUAAAAAGUGUGUUAAGUGCUUUAUGGAAUUUGUCAGCACAUAGCACUGAAAAUAAGAUGGCAAUUUGCUCCAUUGAUGGUGCUCUAGGAUUUCUGGUCAGUACUCUUACAUACCAGUGUCAGACCAACUCCCUCGCAAUCAUUGAAAGUGGUGGAGGUAUCCUGCGUAAUGUAUCCAGUCUUAUUGCUACCCGUGAUGAUUACAGACAAGUCCUCAGAGAUCAUAACUGCUUGCAGACUUUGUUACAACACCUGCGUUCACACAGUUUAACAAUUGUGAGCAAUGCAUGCGGAACUCUGUGGAAUCUGUCUGCCCGAAGUCCAAAGGACCAAGAAUUACUGUGGGACCUCGGAGCUGUUAGCAUGCUACGUAAUCUCAUUCAUUCAAAGCACAAGAUGAUAGCCAUGGGAAGUGCUGCUGCUCUGAGAAAUCUCCUCACCAACCGUCCACUCAAGUAUAAAGAUAUCGCUGUUAUAUCUCCAGGUUCCUGCAUGCCCUCACUUUAUAUGAGAAAGCAGAAAGCACUAGAGGCUGAGCUAGAUGCAAAGCACCUGGCAGAAACAUUUGAUUCAAUUGAGAAGCAAAGCCCAAGGCAUAUGAACAUUAACAAGCCUCUACGACAUAUUGAAAGCUUGGCCAAGGACUAUGCCUCAGAUUCUGGAUGUUUUGAUGAUGAUGAGGCCCCAAAUGUUUCAAGUAGCAUAGAAACAGGAACAUUUUCCAUGUUGUCUAUGUUUUUGAAUAACUCAAACUUCCUUCAGAAUCAGCCCCGCAGGAGAGAAGGAGAACCUGAGAGAGAUAUGGAGUCAUUACAAACAGAGGAUAAAAGGACACAACCUCCUGAUGAUGAAGUGACCAUGGCAGCUGACAAAUUAGCAAAAAAGAUCACCAACACUGUGGCUAAAAUUGAUAAGCUAGUGGAAGAUAUUACCAUGCACACAUCCUCAGAGGAUAGCUUUAGUCUCAAUUCUGAGGACCAUUUUGCAGAUUGGAAUUAUGGACCUGAUGAUCUCCACGAGGCACGAGCUAAACUAUGUUCCCCCUGCCGUCUUUCUGAUAAUUCAUUCUCACACAAAGACCAUCUCAGCAAAGCCCAUGCUCGGUUACGGCUAAAAACAGUGAACUCAACUUUAUCCAAUGACAGCCUUAACAGUGGUCGCAAUAGUGAUGGCUGCUGUAGUAGUAAUGAUCAGAUUCAAAGUUCCAUAAAGCCAGCAGAACAAAGACGUCCAAACAAGCUUGAGCUCAACGUAGCUCACAAGGAAUUGCUAAAUAGUGGUGCCACUUUAUCCAAAUUAAUAUGUCAGAAUGAGAUACCUGAGAGAGAUUCUGACAUGGCAAAAGAUUUAAAAUUGCCUGACUGCAGCACAGAAGAAGAAAAGGGCCAAGAACCUCUUAUAGAGACACCAGCAACUGUAUCAACCAGAGUAUCUUCUGAUGCCAGUAUACCUACCAUAAAACUCUCUCCUUCCUAUCAACAUGUUCCACUAACCCAGAAUGGCAUGUUUGGUACUGUCAAUGGUCAGGCAUCCCAGGCAGUGAAAAAGCAAGCAUGGAUCCCCACUGGAACAACUGGAGAAAAUAUGAGCAAGUUCUCUCCUAUAUGCUCUUCAAGAAGCCCAAUUGGUCAACUAGAGACACCACAGAAGUACUCAGUGGAGAAUACACCAAUCUGCUUCUCACGUUGUAGCUCUCUGUCCUCUCUUUCUUCUGGUGAUGGAGACCUCGAUGGACAAAGUGAAAAUGAUUUAGAAAGUGACUCAUCUCUUGAAAUAAUUGAGGUGGAAGAUGGUGAUAUAAUUAAGAAGGAAGAAGAAGAUGAAACACUUGAGGAUCUCAGUGAUAGUCAACUUCUUAUGACUGACCAGAAAACUUGUCCCACUACUAGCAGUACUUCUGAUCCCAUUGAGAUUCCAAUGAGACAUGAAAAGACGUUUCUUAGGGAAGCAGUAGCAGUCAUACAUGAGGACAGGACUCCAUCCAGUUCCUCUGAGAACUACCUUCAUGAGACUCCACUUGUGAUGAGUCGUUGUAGCUCUGUAAGUUCACUGGGUAGCUUUGAGUCCCCAUCGAUUGCCAGUUCUAUACAAAGUGAUCCUUGUAGUGAAAUGAUAAGUGGAACUGUGAGUCCAAGUGAUCUCCCAGACAGCCCAGGACAAACCAUGCCACCAAGUCGCAGUAAGACUCCAUGCUGUGCUGAAGCAAGUGGACAAGAGCAGCAAAAUAUUGGUGGUAUUGGAGGCCAGUGGGAAAAUGGCUUGCGUAAGUUCAUGGAAAUUGCUGACUUGAAGGAAAGGUUUAACUUGCCACAAGACCUAGAUACAAUGAUCUACUUCACUGUUGAAAAACCAUUAGAGAACUUUUCUUGUGCAUCUAGUCUUAGUGCCCUUCCUCUGCAUGAGCACUAUGUUCAAAAAGAUGUAGAGCUUAAACUUACUCCUUUGUUAAAUCAACAAGACAGUGAUCCAGUAUAUUCUGGUAAGAGGAAUGCUGCUGAUUAUUCGUCAUGUAUGGAUCAAGAUCAGUACAGUGAAGGCAACUCAGAUGAUGACAUUGAAAUUCUCAAAGAAUGCAUCAAUUCAGCCAUGCCCUCGAGGUUUAAGAAAGUAAGACCCACUAUAAUGUCUACACUUCAGUCAAACCAAGUACUUAACACCCAAGCUCGAAGAUCUGUGCAGUUACCAGUGUACAUGGUGCUCCAGAAUAACAACAAUCAGAUGUGUUCUGGGCGGAAGGUUGGAAUGUCUGCAAAAGAUAUUCAUCAUGAUGAUUCUUCAUACACUGAUUCCGCUGAAGGUACUCCUGUUUACUUCUCAAGUACCACUUCCUUAAGUGAUGAGACUCUUCAAUACCCCAUCAAAAUGAAAGGGUCAAGAGAUUGGCGUUCCAGAAAUAAAGAGACACAGGAGCUUAUUGAUACGGAGGCAAAAAGAAUUGAAGAGUUACGUCUAUUUUCUCGUUUCCAUAAAUCAUCUAAAAUGGCAUCUCAGUCUGAAAUAGUAACAAACCAAAUGAACAAAACCGUUAAACAUAUGACUCCUACCCAAAGAUUACUUAUACAAAGUAAAGAAAUGGCAGCAAAGAUGACUCAGCAAAGAGUUCAAAGCCAAUCCCCAAACAGACAAAUACAAAAGCAGGGACAGAGUCUGUCACAAAGUAUGCCCCAUAUAGCGCUUCCAAUCAGAAAACAAAGUAAAGAGGUGUACCAAAGUCAGAAAUCGUACUCUAGAAGUAAAGUACAAGAAACUGCAGCUUUUCAAUCAAUGCAUCAUCCAGCAGCAACAGAGGAAGCCAUGUACGGCUUCCACAAUAAUGAUAUGGCUAACAGUGAUGGGAUGAUGGCAAGAAGCAGACAGAAGCAAUUUAACAAUUUAAACAAAACUAACGUAGGUCUCCACUAUGCUAAUUCAAAAGGUCGGGUGGACAAUUUCCAGAGACAUGGGUUUCACCGAAUCAAACAAAAUCUAAUUAUGGAAGAAGCACCACCAUGUUAUUCUCUCAGCUCAUCUCUCAGCUCUUUGAGUGAUGUAGAGAUGUUUGAGGAACAGGGGAAAACUCAGCAUGUAAAGUUGAGAAAUAAAUACAACGUAAUAUCCAGCACAGGUCAGUGUACCCCAAAAGCCCAGCAAGGCCAAAAGAAAUAUGAAGACAACACUUCACCAAGUUCUGUCAGCCUGGACUCAGAAGAUGAUCUUUUGCUAAAAUGCAUAACAUCUGCUAUGCCAAAGCAAAAGAAAAAACAAGCUAGCAGAAAACGAAAAGUAGAGGGUAAACAAAAACAGAAAACUUCUCAAAAGGAAACUGGGCAUUGGGAUCCUGAAGAUGAUCUGGACAGUGAAGAAAUGGCAUCUGAUUCAGAGCUCAACAGUGUUGACUGGCAGGCAAUACAAGAGGGUGCAAAUACAAUAAUCACAAAGUUACAAGCCUCAAAGUCCCAGGAACCAUCAUCAGAAUCAGAUUCUGUUCUUUCAUUUAUAUCUGGAUCUAGCUUUACCCCAAAGCCUGACAUCAAUGACAAGAAGAAGGCGGUCAAAGAAAACAAAAAGGCAAAUAAGCCGCUUGAUUUUGCCCCACGUAAACCAGUACCAAACUUGCCUGUAGUCUUCAGAGGAAGAACAGUGAUAUACACGCCUAAGAAAGAGAAAAUGCUUUCACAGCGGCCACCACCUAAGAAGGUGAUGCCUAAACCUGAUGGCCCAAAAAAUCCUUCCUUAGCUCAACACCGGUCCAGAAGUCUUCAUAGGUUGGGGCACCUUAGUGACUCUACUCCAUUAUCAUUACCCAAGAGAAGUUCAACUCCUCCUGCCAGGAUUCCAAAGAGUUCCUCAUCAGGAUCGUCUCAAAGUUCAACUCCCUCAAGGCAACCUCAGAAAAAAGUAAACCCCCCUACCCAAACCUUUAAACAAAAUCAGAAAACAGUGACCUCAGAUCCAGACAGUCCACCAGACAAAAAAAGAGGGACUUCCAUGUCCAAUCAAAACCCACGAUCUACUGACAACAAAACGCAGAAAUCUCCUGUCAGAAUACCAUUCAUGCAGAAUUCAUCAAAGCAGUCAAGAGCAAUCUCACCAUUGGUAACCAACCAACUUACUAGCAUUAGUAGACAAAAUAGUCAGUUAUCAGGGAAGAGAAUUUCACCAGCCAGUCGACUGGAUUUAGUUCGCAUGGCUUCUGCUCAUUCAUGCAGUGGUGAAUCAGAUCACAAUGGUUUCCUUAGACAACUUACUUUUAUCAAAGAAUCAAGACAGAAUGCUCCUUGCUCACGAUCUGUUCCUCCAUCCAAACAUGUAUCUCCUCGAAGAACAUGUCCGGGAAGCCCAGCAGUUUUCUUAUGUUCUUCUCGCUGCCAAGAGCUGAAGCCUGCAGCACAAGGUCCAAGAAGCAUGCAGGGACCCCAAGGGCCAAGGAAUGGUCAUGAGCAAGGCAUCCUCAAGCAGAGCAUGGCUCUACCAAGGGCAAACUCCAGUGAUAGGAACUUCACAGUGAAACGUCCAGCCAGGAGAACAAAUUCAGAAAGUCCCUGCAGGGUGCCGCAGAGAACUGUACCUGAGCCAAAUCUAAAGGAGACAAGAGAGGAGACAUUCAAAAGGUAUUCUUCCUCCCCCAGUAUAAAUAUCUUAAGUCGUGUUACCAGUCGCUCCUCAUUGCGCUCAUCAUCUUCAGACUCAAGUGUCAAGGCCAAGAGUGAGAAGGACACAAAACAAAGGCAGAAUAGACCUGGGUCAUGGAAUAAUAACAAUAAAGUCACCUGGAGGAGAAUCCGUGAUGAAGAUGUUCCCCAGAUAUUAAAGAGCACUCUCCCACCUACUGCACUCCCUCUGGUGCCGUCCCCUGAAGGACACAAACCAAUGCCGCCACCACUUCCAGGAAAAUUGCCAACAAUUACACUUAUAUCACGCAAAACAAGUGAUGCAACAGUUCAAACAGAGGACCUAUCAACCAAUAAAACCAACUCAAGCACAUCACCUACGAUUGAAAAUGGUUCUGUGAUUUCAGAAGAGGUCACUAAGAUGGCCCUUCUCAGAAGAAUCAGCCUGGCUUCUGGGAAUAACUUGCAAGAUGGAGAUUCUGAUGGAUCCCUCAAAAAUUACAGCACAGCUUCCACUUCAACCUAUCAAUCAAUGGAGACCAGUCAUAGUGGGGUCAUAGGUCCUUUCCGUCAGAGCGCUCCCAGCAAGGCCGUCAGAGUCACUCCAUUCAACUAUGUCCCCAGCCCUAUGGCCUAUUGCUCUCAAGAAACACAGAGCCAAGCACCAACAAUCCCUGAGAAGUCAGGUGAAAAACUUGAAUCGUAG